AUGGCAAUCCGCCACGCAACUUUCUACGGUGGAGGCGACGCAUCCGGCACUAUGGGCGGCGCGUGCGGGUACGGGAACCUAUACAGCCAAGGUUACGGCGUGAACACGGCGGCUCUUAGCACGGCGCUGUUUAACAACGGACAGAGUUGUGGAGCGUGCUUCGAGAUCAAGUGCGACAAGGACCAGGACCCCAGUGGUGCACUUCGGGCAGCCCGUCCAUCUUCAUCACGGCCACCAACUUCUGCCCGCCGAACUACGCUCUGCCCAACGACGAAGGCGGGUGGUGCAACCCGCCCCGGCCCCACUUCGACCUCGCCCAGCCAAUGUUUCUCAAGAUCGCCCAGUACCGUGCUGGAAUUGUCCCCGUCAAAUUCCGCCGGCUCGACAGACUUUGAGUACCAAUAG